AUGCAUGCAUGGACCUGUGAAUCUCAGACUGGGGGACUUGCCUGCUGCGUUUCAGGUAGCACCACUGGGCAGCUGGCGGUGGAGAUCGACUUGUGGUCGAAUGAGGUCGACCCUGAGAACGAACACGUUGGCGUGGACACCACCGCUAUCUACUCCGACGCCACCGCCCCACUGUCUGCUGCCAACGUCAGCCUGUCGGAGGAGAAGCCGAUGACCUUCAGGGUCAACUACGACGGAUGGACGAAGAACCUCCAGGUCUCGGCGGGAUACGCCUAUGAGGGGCCCCUGAAGAACAUCCUCAACUACAGCAUCGUUAUCGCGAAGAUCGCCCCUGUGUACGUGGGUUUCGCCGCUGCCUCCGGGCCCGCCACACUCAACAGCGCAAGCCUUCGGGUUCUCAGCUGGAACUUCUCGUCCACCACUUUGCCGCCGGAGUCCCUCGACAACGGCAGCAGCAAGGGGAACAAGAAUAUAAGAACCAUUCUCACCAUCGUCCUCUCGACAGUGAUCGGGGUUCCACUGGUGGGGAUGCUGUUGCUGCUUGGGAUGAGGGAGGCUAGGGAGUGGAAGAGAUGGAGAGCUCUGGAGGGCCUGUCGAAGAAUGCUAUGGGUGCACCCAAGAUGUUUACAUAUGCUAAGCUCUCCAGAGCCACUAGGCGUUUUAGCAGCGCCAACUUACUUGGCAAGGGAGGCUUCGGCAGCGUCUACAAGGGCCACCUCUCCAAUCCUCCUUCAAUGGUUGCUGUCAAAAAGAUCUCCGCCAACUCCAAGCAAGGUUUGACCAACUUCUCCGUCUCUUCCCCGCUCUGUCUUUCUCUCUCUCUCUCUCUCUCUCCCUCCCUCCCUUCCUCCCUCCCCCCCCCCCCUGCCCGCCCCUCUUCCCUCUCUCUCUCUCUCGCUUGCUGGCUGGCUGGUUCGCUGGUUCUCUUGCUCUCCCGCUUGCUCACUCUCUCCAAGUAAUUAUUCGGCAAGCUGGUGUCGGGAGCUUUUUGUUAACUCAUUUGCUUAUGUAUUAGGUUCUCUUAACCUUUUCGAUGACUUCUCUGUCCUUUAUCCCCCUUAACUCUUGGUAUCGAUCAGGCGAAAGGGAGUACUUUGCGGAGAUAUGCACCAUCGGCCGUCUCCGUCACAAGAACAUCGUGCAGCUGCAGGGCUGGUGCCACCGCGCCAAGAGCCUCCUCCUCGUCUACGAGUUCAUGCCCAACGGAAGCCUCGACCGCCACAUCGCCGCUGGAACCCUCGACUGGCCCACUCGCCACCGCAUCCUCCUCGGCCUCGCCUCCGCCCUCCUCUACCUCCACGAGGAGUGCGGUGGCACCGUCGUCCACCGCGACGUCAAGCCCAACAACGUCCUUCUCGAUGCCGACUUCGAGGCCCACCUCGGCGACUUCGGCUUGGCCCGGCUUGCUCAGGGAACAGGCCGGACUACUUCCACCACGGUCCUCGCCGGCACCAUCGGGUAUCUCGCCCCUGAAUUCGGCUACACCGGCAAGGCCACCCCCGAGUCUGACGUUUUCAGCUACGGCGUCGUGGUGCUGGAAGUGGUGUGCGGGAGAAUGUCCUUGCUGGGACUGGACGAUAAUAACCUGUUGGAUCACGUCUGGGACUUCUACACCUCCGGGAAGCUGCUCCAGGCGGUGGAUUCGAGACUGGAGAGUCAGUUCGACAAGGAGGAGGUAAGGAGAGCUCUUUUGGUGGGGCUCAUGUGCUCCCACCCGAACCCCGCGAGUCGGCCGAGGAGCAGGCAGGUGGUGCAGAUCCUCGGGAACCCGAACGAGCCGCUGAUGGAGAUGCCGGAGAAACGGCCAGACAUCAUCAUACCCUCCUACUCUAUGAGGGAGACCGGGUUCGAUGGGGUCAUGAUCAUUUCCACGAGCAUGACGACACCGAUGGGGGCGUCACUCUACAGCUCUAGGUCGAACCUGGACCUUGCUCGCUGA